AUGAUGCUAGACAACACUGUCACUGAUUCGCUGGUCCCUCCACCAUACGCUCCUUGCGAGCAAUCUUCUACCAACCCCCAACCCACAAUGGGCGACGUGGAUGACGUCGACAUACCAUUGAUCAAUUCCGUCGAGGAUCUUCGGGAGGGCAUCGUCAAGACCAGGAGACACCGUGCUGAGGAGCCUUACACCAUCCUUCUUGUUGGCGAGACCGGCGUGGGCAAGUCUUCUCUCCUCGAGUACGUUGCCAACGUAAUGCUCGGAAAGUCUGUUCUCGACUAUGAUCUGGAUAUUCUCGAUCGCUCCAAUGAGGCCGGAGGCUCUUCCAAGGGUAGCCAGACCAACUCCGCUCGCCUUUACACUUUCGAAAGUGUUGAUGGGGUGAAGAUCCGCAUACUUGACACACCCGGUCUGGCAGACACGCGCGGUAUCCAACAAGACGAGCUGCACAAGAAGAACAUCGCCACGCAGAUCCGCGACUACGUCGAGUCGGUUGACGGUGUUAUCAUCCUCGCGAACGGAACGCUACCUCGUCUCAACAUCUGCACGGAUUACGCUCUCACCACGCUGUCCGCUAUCUUCCCCAAAUCCCUCGCCGCCAACAUCGGCUUCAUGUUCACGAACGUAUCGAGUCCGCUCUCGUGGAACUUCUCGCAAGACUCCCUCCCUGCGGCUCUCCGCGACGCACCUCAGUUCCUCUUCGACAACCCGAUGGCACACCGGAAGAAGUACGAGGAGAUCAUGGCAACCACGCCCCCUGGUCAGACGCGGCUUAUCGCGCAGCUACGCAAGAAGGUCAAGGUUCCCGAAGAGGAUGCUCUCGAGACGCUGGUCCGAGUUUUCGACUGGCUGGACGGAGUCACGCCACAGCCGACUACGGAGAUCUUGAGUCUGUACGAGAAGUCGCAGGCCAUCGAGGAGCAGAUCGCCAACUCGCUCGCUCAGAUGGAACAGGCGAUUGCGAAAUGGAACGAGACACAGAAGUGCAUACGUGCGAUCAAGUUGGGUGAAGCUACGAUGAGCAAGAGCUCCGAUUACGAGAAGAAGGUCGACACGCUCGUCUGGAAGCACGUGCCUACGAAGAUGGUCAACACGCUUUGCUCUGAGACAGGCUGCUACUCCAACUGCCACGUAGGAUGCACCUACGACUUCACACUCGACCCCCAGGCCCUUCGACGGUGUCAUGCGAUGAAGUGGUUCUGGGCAGAAUGCUCAUACUGCAAUCACCCGCUUGAGAAGCAUUCGCAUUUCCGCGCCGUAUGGAAGCAAGUUGAAGACGUCGCGGUCGAGAUUGAUCGCGAAAAGAAGGAAAAGUGGGAUAAGGCGAAGCAGGGCAAGGAACGCGACGAGGCGGCGCAGGCGGCUCUGGAGCAGACGCUUGACAAUCUCAAGGCAUCGAUCGGCGAUAGCAUGACGAAGGUGGCGGAUCUCACGUCCGAAUACGCCAACCUUACUCUCUCCGGCAGCUUCACGGCCUUAAUCGACAAGGCUAUCGCCCUGUACGACCAGAAGCUUCAUGCUAUGCGCGCCAGCGGCAGCGUCGACAAUGAGCAGCUGCAGAAGGUCGAGGAGGGCCUCAUUGCCAUGAAGAAGAAGCGGGACUUCCUGAAGGUGACCCAGGCCAAGCCGGAGGAGGGGAUUGGGAAGAGCGCAAGGGCCUGGAAAUGGAUUCGCAACCAGGCUGGUCACCGUUUUCAACAACUGAACGACGCGGUCAACGGAACGGCACCGUCAGCGUCUUCGAUAGCACCGCCGGCGCCCGGUUCCUCCAUGAAGGCACCGCUUUCGCAGCAACCCGCUGUAUCCAGAUUUCCCGCACCACGUCUCCACGGAUUUGACCACGAUUCUUCUGUUUCCACCCCGUGCACCUGUGUUUUGCUGGCCAAGUUAUCGGUGUUCGAUGUUAACCCUGCCAAAAAUUUCAGUCAUCCUGUUGCCAUCUAUUCCGCAAUCGUUUCUGUCGGUGUAUUGAUGGUAUUUGAAUCUCGGGGGUUCAACUUGGCGAUCAAGACAGCAUGGAACACUGGAAAGGAACACGUAGAUUAA